AUGUAUAAAAUUUGUUUUGUAUUUAUAUUUUUUGUGGUUUGUGCGGCUAUCGAUAUUGAAAAUUAUUUAAAAAUAUGUGACAGAAAUUCUUUGGAAGUUAACGAAUGUCUGGUAGAGGCCGUUCAAAAGGGGAUAAAGGAUCUCGCUGGAGGUAACGCAGACUUAGGAGUCCCCGCAUUGGAUCCUUUUUACCAGGAUGAAUUGAAAAUGGAAUACAAUAAUAAUCAGAUUCAAGGAAAAAUGUUAAUAAGCAAUAUUUUUGUGGCUGGCCUCAGCAGUUCUACGGUUAAAGACGCAAGGUUAAAAGCAGACGAAGAUUCAUUUCAUUUGGAAAUAGACAUGUUCACUCCGGAAGUUAAAGUCUAUGGAGAAUAUGAAGGAGGCGGUAGUUACAACUCCUUGAAGCUGCUUGCUAAUGGAAACUUUUCUACUACUAUGACUGAUCUUGUGUAUACAUGGAAGUUGAAUGGAAAGCCUCACGUAAUUAAAGGAAUUACAUAUAUGAAAGUAAAAUCAUUUUACAUGCGACCCGAUGUUGGCACCAUGAAGACAAGUAUUACGAAUGAAAAUCCUGACAGUAAACCCUUAAUUGAUUUGGGCGUAAAAAUAACAAAUGAAAAUUGGCGUUUGCUGUAUAAAGAAUUUUUACCAUUUGCUCAAGCAAACUGGAAUAAAAGUGGAACUCGAGUUGCUAAUAAAAUAUUUUUAACAAUACCAUAUGAUACCCUGUUUCCUAAUAAAUCAUAA